ACACUUAUAGAAUUUUAUUCUUUCAGGUGUCUGGGACAGCAGCAAAGUUGGGCCGUCAGUCAGCUUAUCAUCACUGUACCUUGCUGGUUAGAACAAACAAACAACAGAUGAAGCUGGCUCUCCAGGGAGAUAAGAAUAUCCAGAGCAAAGCAACAGCUAGUAUACCAGCACUGGUAAUGAAUCUGCACGAUGCCAAUGAAGACAUCUCGGUACAAAAGCUCAUUUCAAGCAUUGGUCGCAAAUACCUAGAAUCUUCCACAAAAGGAAUAGACGCUUCCUCACAGCAGAUGUAUCAACUUUCCAAUGGCUACACAUUGAUAAAUCCCACUGAUGAUUGGUUCCCAGGACUGGCUAAAGUGGAGGCUGAGUUGUCUUCAUAUUCGUGGUUGCAUAAUAAAACGCCUCGCUUCACUAUUACUCGUCCAGUUACAGUUCCUGAGUGUGUGGCCCAUAAUACUACAGUCAACAUUGCAGUGCAGGUAAAUUGUUAAAAUACAUUAAGUAGA